UUGAAUGCUUCAUCCUCUUAUUUGUCCUUCUUUUCUGUCUUUGUAUGUUGUUAUCGGGAGAUAGCCGGUCAUAUCCCCGAUAACUUAAUACAAAGACAGAAAUGAAGGAAAAAUAAGAGGAUGACGCAUUCAAAGUUGUGCAAUCUGUAUGCGUCAUUCUUUUAUUUUUGCCUUUUUUGCCUUUCUAUUGUUGCUUUCUUGCACACGCACUACUCCUACUUUACCUGUCACUCUCUUGAACCGGCACGGAAAGCAUAGGCUACAGGCAAAAAAACAGACCGAGUGUCAGAUUUUCUAAGUCUGUCGGUCUGUGGUUUUCCACCUUCCAGGCAAAAGAGAUAAUUCCGGUCUAAAACAAAUGCGUUUCCUUCAGAAAACGCAUCAAGACAAGCUUUUUUAAAUCAAAAAGUCGUGUGUUUUUCGAGAUUUGACGUGUGAAAAAUCACAUGAAAAUGGAUGAAACAAUUUCCGACUGGAAUAAAUGUAACUUUCAUGGAAUGAGAUAAUGACUUAACCGGAAUUGUUCUUUUUAGCUUUACUCUUCGUCUCUCUUCUUUUGAUCGAAAACAUUGCAAUUGUCGGUUUUUGUUUCAGAUGUUAAAAUUAGAAGAUUUAUCAGCUGAAAUUCUCUUAAUUAUCAUCAAUCACUUGAAAUCCGAUGAGCUAACUGAACUGACACAAUUAAAUUCAAAAUUAACUUCCGUCAUCAGUUCAGUACCAGUCUACGUCAACUUUGAGAAUAUUUCAAAGGAAGAAUACGAAAACUAUGAGAAAAUCAUUCUACGAUUUCAAGAAGAAGAAAUACCAAUUCGCUCAUUAAAAUUAUCAAAUAAGAACAAUAUACGUCUGAUAAACGAAUUUCUCAACAGAUUCGAUAGUUUGUCGCAAUCGCCGUCGUUCGCAAAUCUUCAGUCGAUUACUCUGAUUGACAUGCGCGAGAAAGAGUGUAGUACAAUUCUUUUAAAAUUGGUCAAAUUGAAACAAUUAAAGCGGUUUUCUUUACUGAAUUCCUUCACAGAAGAUGAAGGCGGUAUUGUACAUAAUGGUAGUGAAGUACGGCAGUAUGAAACUUAUAAUAAACCAUUGUGGGCAUUUAAAACGGUGGAAGUUGUACAAGUACCAAGUGUUAGAUUAGUUUUCAGGGAAGAAGAAGAUAAACCACUAGCAAGUACUCGAGGAAAAAGCGAAAUUAUUACGGGUUUAUAUGAUCGAGGUUAUAUGCAAACAAGAGAAAUUCCAGAACAAAUAUUGACAACAGAUUAUGGACAGAUUACAGCAUAUUAUAAGCCAUUAGCAGAAGCGAGUCGAUUUAAAAGAGUUAAUGACAUAGCUCCAAAAUCGACAACAGCUGUAUUUUCAUAA